GACGAUGAGGACGAAACAAAUGAGACAUGUCUCCGUUCUUCUGCCCAACAAACAGCAUCUGGAUUGUUCUGUCAGAAGGCGAGCCAGAGGCCAGGAAGUGAUGAAAACGGUGCUGCGUUCGCUCGGUGUCGGCGAUCUCCAAGUGUUUGGUCUGGCUCUUCUCAGAGACAACGAAUAUCUUUUUCUGGAUUUGGAACAAAAGCUGAGGAAAUAUUUUGGUAAAACAUGGAGCAGGAACUCCCUAAAGGUUCCAUUCAUCGUAUUUCUCAGAGUGAAGUUUUAUUUAGAAAAUGGGCUGCUGAUAUUGAGCAGCAAGGUGCAGCAACUUUACUACUGGGAGCUGAGGCAGAAAGUGCUGCAAUCCCAGGACCACCAACAGGAAGCUCUGCUAUUCCAGCUGGCAGCUUCAGCGCUUCAGGCUGAAGUCGGAGAUCUGGAACGUGGAGAAGGAGCUGAAGACGAGGGAGGAGAUGAGAAAAAAGAGAGAGUGCAAUACUUUCUGCCAGAAGAUUACUUUCCACCUUGGCUAAUAAAUCACAGAGGGAGAAACUUCCUUCUCCAACACAGUCCAGUGUUGCACGGUGAGCUGAGAGGGACGCCGCGCCGCCGAGCCAUCCUGCAGUUCAUAAAGGAGGCCAGCAGCCUGCAGGAUGCAGCGCUGACUUUCUACAGGAUGAAGCAGGGGAAAAAUGAGCUGAGAAGUUCGAUCCUUCUCGGCGUGGCGCUGGAUGGAGUCUAUAUCUAUCAGGAGGUGGAAGGGAAGCAGCGUGUACUGUUUGCUUUUACCUGGUCUGAGAUCGACCGGUUUACUUUCCAGGGCAGCAGGUUUGAAAUAGCUGCAGUCGACUCAAAGCUGGUAUAUUACACCCACUCAGCCUUCCACUCAAAGCACAUUUUGAAACACCUGAGCGACAGCCAUCGCUUCUACGUGAACAGCAAGGACGCAGCUUGCUACAUCCAGCAGCUGGAAGACAUGCAAACCUGUCAGCUCCACAGAGAGGCUUAUAUCUGUGACAUGACACAUUUAAGACAGAGACUCCGAUGUUACAACCUCACUGGAUCAGCGUCAGAUUGCAGCAACGUGGAGACGGACACAACCUGGAACAAAGACGGAGCGGAGGAGGAGCAAAGUCCUCUAUCAGAGGUUGAAUCUGAAGAGGCUUUUGUCGAUGACCCAGCAGAAGUGACCUGGCUAGCUGAGUUCUUAUACGGUGCGUCUGUUGACGGACCGUUACGGCUCCCAUCUUCCACCUGGGCAGCUGUGACCAUGGAAAUGAAGCAGGUUUUGUGUAAAAGAGUGGGUGCAGCCUCUCGCUCUUUUGACUCACAGUGAAAAGCAAGGGGAGUUUGUCGCAUGUUCUGCAGCUCAGGACAAGACGAUGACGCACAGCAAAACAGUGGAAAUAUAUCAACAAAAUAUUCUGUUUUCUACAAAUUUGCAUUCAGAAUAAAACCAAAAUAUAUGUUUAAAAUAAUCUGCCAGUAUGCUGAGCAUCCCUUGGAUGCUAUUAUUAUGUUUAUUAUUAUGCUUAUGUUGCUAUGCUGAUCUCACAUUGGUUUAAUAAAGCAUUCUUUAAACAGGCCAUUAUGCUGCUUAAUACAAUAAAGUAAAUUUAAUUUUAUUGUAAAAUGUAACCCCUACAUAAUGCUAGUAUUAUGUUUCCAUUAGUUUUUGCAGGCUUAAAAUCACCACAGUAAGUGUAUAGCUUUAACACAUUUUUCCUCAUGCUGCAACCACAACCUUUUUAUGCAUAGUGUGAUUUUAUGUGAUACACCAACAUGAACUAGAAGUAAUUAAGGU